AUGUCUAAAGUGAGGUAGGAGCCAUCAGGGUAAUUGGAGUUAAUUGAGGAUGAAUAAAAUUAAUUAACAGGCUGGGAUCCCUUGGAAACAGAGUCACCAGAACGAAAUAGCUCUAAUAACUACCUGAUUGCCAAUAAUGAUUCUAUAGUAAACAGAAAUUACCAGAAUAAUAGCUAAGAAAACAAGAUAACUAGCUCCAGAAAGACUGUUAAGCAAGUCAUUAAUAAUUUAAUGCGUGAAUCAGAGACCACUACAUCUUCUACUUUGAAUAAUAAUAAUGCUCUAAUUAACGAUCCUAAUGCUCAUUAGGAUAUACCGUCAUCUAUUAUAAGGGUAGAUAUCAGAGAAUAAUCUAAAAUGGAAGAAAAGCCUCAUGAAAUAGCCAUAUAAACUGAUGAUUUAGGGGGUCUGUCCUCAUUUGAACUGGAAUGCCUUAGAGAAAGCGAGAUCAAUGAAUAUGACUAUAAAAUGUACUUGCACCAUUCUCAUGACUUGCCCAAAAGAACACAGAUUAAUACGAAGAUUGUAAAUAUUAUGCCUGAUAAUCAAUAGAAUAACAUCAAUAACAACACUAGCAGAAUAGAUAUCUAAGUAAGUGGAUUCUAGCAGUAAAAAGUACUAAAGCUUAGCAAACAUAGUGAGCUCUAUUAGCAUUUGCAAAGUGUGAGAAGAAAAUAAAAUAAAAGUACAAACUCCUAAGCGAUCAAAAUAAAUAGGAUCGUUCCUCAUUUAAACACAAACUUCGACUACAAUAAUCAUACCUUUCAUACUAAUAAUGGCACACUACUUAAGACUAUAAUAACAUAGAAGAGUGGAUCCAUAUCUAGUAGAAGGAUAGAUGAGAUUCUCACUGAGUCCUCAAUUUAGUUUCCAAACAUUUAGAAUCUGCUUAAAUAGAAUAAAUACUAUUCUAAAGCGAAGAGCAAUAGAGUGGUCAAUUAAGAAAUAAAUUCAUCCAUGCUGAGUAUGAAUGAUUUUACCACUUCCCAAAGAGAGACAUUUAAAUUCAAGAGAAAAAAGAAAACGAGGCUGAAUGACUCAAUCUAUGUAAAUAAAAACUCACUUCAUCCAGUUGAUAAAACUAACUAAUUGAAUACAAUAUAUAAAACUUAAAAUAAUUAAGAGACCAAAGCAUAGUUGCCACAAAGUACAUUGGACUAAACAGGCUUAUAAGCAUAAAUUCUAUCUUAAAAUGUAUUGAAGCUACCACCUAGACUGUAAAAUCUAAGCCAACUACUCCAUAUGAUUCCUCAGAUUAGCUAGAGUCUCACAGACCAGUAAAAAUAUUAGCUUAAUUAAAAUCAAGAGGCUUAAGCCAAUAUAAUCAAUGUGAGAAAUCUGCCUAGUAUCCCCUAAGUCAAAAGUCUGGAAAGAGGAAACAGCAAACUCUACACAUCUGAUUAAAUAAAAGAAUUAAGCUAGAGUUUAGAGAGAUCACAUUAGAUAUCAAAUAGAUUUCAGCAGAAGAAUCGUAGUAAUAGCAACAAUACUCCCAUGAAUUACCUAGACAAGUAUCAAAGUAUAUAUAAAAAUGAAGAGACUGCUAAUUAAGCCUCGAAGAUAUCCAACAAAAAGAGAGUCGAUUUCAAGAUUGACUAGCUAAAUAAGGAAAACAAGAAAAUUCUGAGGGACAAUAGAAAAAUCUUAGAGCGAUCUUUUGAUUAUGAAUAGAAUGAGUCUCCAGGAAGAGGGUAAUAGGUUCAUAAUUAGAUGCAAAAUAAGGGUAUACGUAACUUUUUCUCUUAACUUGCAACUAUCAAUAAGCCAAACAUGUUGAACACCAGCAAUCAAAACUUCCUAAAUGUUAACAUUGGAGGGAAGUAUAAGAAUCCGAAUUAGAUUGGAAUCAUUCAUCAUUAGAGUAAAAGUCUUAUCUAUGAUAACCAGAAUAAUGCAACAUUUAAUCACAACUCCACAAUCUUAAAUGACUACAGUAGCUAUGAUAGCAAUCUUAUAAAUAGAAGAAAGCUUUAUUGA